AUGGCUGGAGCUGGAGGAUGGCCAUCCUGUCACGAGCGAUAUGCUCAAAGCCAUCCGCAAGGCUACAUGAGCGGCCUGGGCGGAACUAGUAAAUCGUGGAUAUGCGCUACUGGCAAGAAGCUCAUAAACGAUCUCAUCAUGAAACAAUUCCCUCUGCUCCUACUUGACAACAACAGAUGGAAGCUCGAGCUUCUCUGUACCAACAACUACCCUUGGUGCAAGAACAAUCUUGGACUGGACAGAAGCUGGAAGGACAUGUCCACAAAACUUGCAGCCAAAGAGGAGGACCUUGACAAUGAAGCUAACUUAUUGCAUUCUAAAGGCAAAGGCAAGCGGUGCCUCUCCGACAGCAGUGAAUGCCAUGACGACCAAUGUGACAUCAAGAAAAGCAGAAACAAUAGCACGUCUACAACUAUCUCGACUGAAGAGAAAGUCUGUCCGAUUGCGUUGCCAACACUUGUGUGCGGCACAUCUCUCCUUCUGCACCAAGACCCCAAACCCAGCCCAGUGAGCACAGUCAAUCUUCUUUCUCCCAUUGACCUCCCACUUCCCCUACAAGAUUUACCUGGCUGUGUGGCAUGCGAGAAAUCUGCUGUACCAUUCGGCGUGUACUUACUGCAGCCCACCCCACAAGGCUCCCUCGUCUCCCACAAUGCACAUGGCACCAACAAAGAAAACAAGUUUGUAUUGAAGGAUCCACUUGCCAACAUUUUCGGACCUAAUGGAAUGGCCAGGACAGUUCCUGAGCCAGCCCUCAGCCCAAUCAAGAAGCCCAACGACGGUUCAAGCACCAAAGUUCCAAAGAAGAAAAUGCACCCUGGUUCCGCAAAGAACGUGCAAAACUUGUGUGCCUUACGCUGGCUGAAGCAAGUGAAGAUGGCGAGCAGCACUACAGAUGAAUUCAGUCUCUAUUGGGCUGCACUCACAUCCGCACAACAGGACAAGUACAAGGCCGACAUGGAACGCUUGCAGAGUGCAGGAACAUGGACGAAGGGUUCCAACAAGGCCAUCUGUGAUGGUACCAUGUACUAG